AUGGACAGCGAAGGAUUUGUCACGUGCCCCUUCUUCCGAGACCACCGGGUGAAGUGGUCCCGAUUUCAUCGCCACUUCUGCAAAUGCAAGGCAAGAUACGAUGGAGACGAAGAAAUAGAACUUUGCCGUUUGGGCUGUCUUACCGGCGUGGAGAUAAGCAAGAUGGCCGAACACGAGGAAAUAUGUUCGAUGAGGCAGCUAUACGUCCAACCUUCAAAUUCGCUGACGAGGCACGGAAGUCUCACCCUCCCGACAUACAGGGAAUAUCGAGAGCCGGAGGAAUACUGGGACCUAGAAUGGCAACCUGAAAU